AUGAUUCUCUCCCGAUGGAAUUCAAAAAUUUGGUACGAUCCAUUUACACUCCUCAGAUUCAUGAAUUGGUGGACAGGAAUGGGAGCGUAUCGUCCAUCCGAUAAAAGGGAUUUCUGGUACUCCUGCUCGUGGAUUUCAACAGCAUUUAUCAAUUUGUUACAAUGGUUGAUCAUAUUCAACGGGAACAGGAUUAUUCUGGAUUACAUAAACGAACAGUUCGAAGAUUCCCCGUCCUUGCCUUUUCUUGUUAAGGUCCUACUGUUAAUUAUGUUCUCAAAUAGUUUGAUCGCAUUGAUUUUUCCGGUAUUAAUGUGGUUAGAGAGAAAGAGGAUUAUGGAAUGUUACAAUCAAAUACCGAUAUUGGACGUGAAAUUUCGAGCGAUUUUUGGAACUAAAAAUCAACAUGGGAAACAAUGUAUCUACCUAUUGUGCAAUAUUUUAGCUAUUUCGAUUAUAGCGAUAAUCAGCAUAGGUAGCGAAAACCAUGCGGCUAUGUUGGAGAGGUUGAACAUAUUGGAAAAGACCUGCGUGAUCGUUGUUCUGCAUCGUCCGAUAUUAAUUAUGCUUCUCGUAGACCUUAACUUCUGUAUUUUUGUAGGGUAUCUUGAAAAGAAAUUUCGAGACAUGAACGAAGGUUUAUUGCAAAUGGCUAAACCAAAGUCGACCAAUGGUUUUCCUGGCAAUGUGCUUCCCCCGUUUUUCAGAAGCGUUCAAAAGUCGAGGGUAGGCCGUGAGAUGGAAAAUGACGGACCUGAACUUUCGACAAACGAUUACAGUUACUUGUUACAUGAAAUCAGAAAAGCUCACUUGGAACUCACCAAGAUGUCGCGGAAAAUAAACGACGCUUUUGGUGUUCAAAAUCUGAUUUCAUUGAGCGUGUCCUUCGGUGUGAUUACUGGAAUGUUUUAUGCAUUUUAUAUAUUUUCUCGCCUAUUCUCGGCAUCGUCCUGGUCCGAUUACGCUAGUGUAUUUAAAUCAACGCCAACGUUCGGGAUUUUCUCUUACCUCUAUACAAUUUUGAAAAUAAAUUUCGCAUGUGGGGCAGCGGUCAAAGAGUCCUUGAGAACCGGACAGAUCAUUUGUGAAAUUAUGGAGACGACGAAACUUGAAGAAGAGAUCGAAGAAUUUUCCAUUCAGAUGAUCCACAAUCCCGUACAGUUUGAUGCCUGUGGCUUUUUCGACUUGGAUUACAGCUUCAUUCAAGGAGUGAUCGGUUCCAUAACGACCUAUAUGGUCAUCCUCAUUCAGAUGAACCCCGCUCCAGAGUUUGAAAGCCGUUCCUCUGAAAAUUUGGCAAACGUUACCAAAGCUUAGUAAAAUACGUUUAAUAUAGUUAUCACACUUAGUGUCCAAGUUAUUAAUUGUUACAAAGUCGUUGUUCAUCGUAAAUUUCGAGUGCCUGCAUUAUAUCGUGGGUUGAGCUUCUACGUUUCAUAUGUUAUUCAUUAGAGUAUGAACGCCAUUAGGGAAAUGAUAACAUGAAAAAAUAAAUGAACAAAAAAAAAUAGGUGUACAAAGCAACAAACAUAUUGAUCAGGUACUGAAGUAUUGGUCGUUUUAUUCCGAGGCCUGAGGCUUAUGGUGUAGGCCAGGCUUUCGAAUUUUCUUUCAAUUCCCGCAGUUCAAUUAUUUGGUAGAAAUAGAAUAAAAGUGAUCGUGCAUGAUUUUUCUUGUUUCUGACUUUUCUGCGUUAUUGUUUUCUAUCGAAGAACGAUUGCAAUAGAAAAUUG